AUGCCUCAAAAAGAAAGCUACCCCAAGGGCUACUCGCAAGUGACCCAGGCCACUAACCAAGAAGCUUCCGUCCACGUUCGAAGCAGCACAAAGAGCAAGAGUGCCUUUGAUUUUACCUUCGAGGCUAUUCGUCCGAACCUGUUCCGAGCCACUUUCUCCUCCGCAGAACACCCUAUCCCUCCCUAUCCUAGUGUCACCAAGCCUGAGACCAACCUCCAGGGCGCCAAUGUCUUCGCCAAGGAGGGUGACUCCUCCAAAUCAAUCGAUGUCGCCGGUGUCACUGCUUCCGUAAACUGGGAACACACCCCCGUGGUCAAACUGUCAUGGGCCGGCUCCGACAAGCCUCUGCACGAGGAUUUGCCGCUGCGGUCUUAUGUCGAAGAUGGCGACGGUGUCGCUAACUACUCCGUGCAUGACCGCGAAUGCCUCCAUGUCGGACUCGGCGAGAAGGCGGCUCCCAUGGAUUUGACUGGUCGUCAAUUCCAGCUCUCGGCUACCGACUCUUUUGGAUACGAUGUAUACAACACCGAUCCCCUCUACAAGCACAUUCCGCUCCUGAUUAAGGCUUCUGCAGAGGGAUGUGUGGCCAUCUUCUCGACCACCCAUGGCCGCGGUCUGUGGUCUGUAGGAGCCGAGAUCGAUGGUCUUUGGGGACACUUCAAGGUGUACCGCCAGGACUACGGUGGUCUCGAGCAAUACUACAUUGUUGGAAAGACCAUCAAAGAUGUUGUCCGCUCAUAUGCCGAGUUGGUCGGCUUCCCCAUUCUCGUGCCCCGCUGGGCUUACGGCUAUAUCUCCGGUGGCUACAAGUACACUAUGCUUGAUGAGCCGCAAAAGGCCCACUUGGCCCUUCUGGAGUUUGCGGAGAAGCUCAAGCAACAUGGCAUUCCUUGCUCGGCUCACCAAAUGAGUUCGGGCUAUUCCAUUGCUGAGACCGAGCCCAAAGUCCGCAAUGUCUUUACAUGGAACCGAGAGCGGUUCCCGGAUCCCCAAGACUGGAUUGCUAAGAUGCACCAGUACGGUAUCCGACUUCUCACCAACAUCAAGCCUUUCCUACUGGCUUCUCACCCCGACUUCCAGAAGCUGGUUGAUGCAGGUGGCUUCUUCAAGGAUGCCGAAAAGGAGGCUGGGUACAUGCGUCUGUGGAGUGCUGGCGGUGCCACCGGUGGCGACGGUGCUCACAUUGACUUCACCUCGGCGGAGGCCUUCAAAUGGUGGUACGACGGGGUUCAGAGUCUCAAAAAGGUUGGCAUUGACGGUAUGUGGAACGACAACAAUGAAUACACCCUACCCGACGAUGAUUGGACCAUGUCUCUCAAUGAGCCCACCGUGGCGAACGCUGCAGCAAAGAAUGUCAAGAACUCCGUCGGACUCUGGGGUCGUGCUCUCCACACCGAGCUGAUGGGCAAAUCUUCCCAUGAUGCCCUGCAAGACAUGGAACCCAAGCUGCGUCCCUUCGUCCUGACCCGCAGCGCUACCGCUGGAACUCUCCGCUAUGCCGCAUCCUCCUGGAGCGGCGACAACGUCACUAGCUGGGAAAACAUGAAGGGCGCCAAUGCCCUAUCUCUUAACGCCGGCAUGUCCCUUCUCCAAUGUGAAGGCCACGACAUCGGCGGAUUCGAAGGCCCACAGCCCUCCCCGGAGCUCCUCCUCCGCUGGAUCCAACUAGGCUGCCACGCUCCCCGCUUCGCAAUCAACUGCUUCAAGACUUCUCCCAAGGACUCUGCCGUUGGUGACGUCAUCGAGCCCUUCAUGUACCCCGAGAUCACGCCUCAGGUCCGCGACACCAUUAAGCGUCGCUACGAAAUGUUGCCCUACAUCUACUCUCUCGGCCUGGAGAGCCACAAAUUCGCAACACCGCCGCAGCGCUGGACCGGCUGGGGCUACGAGUCUGAUCCCGAGGUGUGGACCAAAACACUCAAGGCGGGCGAGGAUCAGUUCUGGUUCGGUGAGACCGUACUAGUUGGCGGGGUCUACAAAACCGGUAUCGACGUCGCAAACGUCUACCUGCCCCGCAAGACCGGCGUCUUCGACUAUGGCUACGUCAACAUGAACGCUCCGUACCAGUACCUCGCAUCCGGGCAGUGGGUCGAGAUCUCGUCAGAAUGGCAGAAGAGCAUUGCGCUCAUUGCCCGUGUCGGUGGUGCCAUUCCUGUCGGCAAGAGCGUGCACACCCGUGUUCCUGGCGAUGAGACCGCUGCGUCAGUGGCCGUCCAGGAUAUUGACGAUUACCGUGGUGUGGAAGUGUUCCCGCCCAAGGGAACUUCGCACGGUACGGUCUUUGCUACGACUUGGUAUGAAGAUGAUGGUAUCUCGGUCCAACCUGGUACUGCUGCCUACACGAUUAGCUACAGCUCUACCGAGGAGAAGGUACUUGUCAAGUUUGAGCGUGAUGAGGCUGCCUUUGUUCCUGCUUGGAAGGAUUUGGAUAUUGUUUUGCACAAUGGGGAUCAGCGCCGUGUUGUCUCAAGUACUGGUGAUGAGAUCGUGCUUAAGGGUACAGACUCGCGUGGUCGCGUUGUGUAUACUCUCAAGGCUUAG